UUCAGUUGCAAAGGUCCCGACUGGAGACAGGCAGCGGGGAUCGAUGACAAACCGGACUCGGUGUAAAUUCAUGCCUGAAAUAAGAAGCAGCGAGCUGGCUUACCAUCUCUCAUAAGCCAGUAUCACGGGCAAGCAAAUCAAGACAAGCGGGACUAUGGAAAGAAAAAGUCUACCUGUCAAGUGCAUUCUCAACAAGCCCCAGAUAGUCCGUGGUCUGGGCAGCAACCUUCACACCGAUGUGAAUGCCAGCCACUCCUGGGCUGGCCUGACCAAGGUGCAGCGCAGCAGGCACAAGCAUCUUUACAUCAACCAUCAAAUCAGGGCAAAACCUGAUUUAAACACAACACUACCAGUUCGACAGACAGCAUCCAUCUUCAAACAACCAGUGACCAAGGUAACAAAUCACCCCAACAACAAGGUGAAGGCCGACCCGCAGAAGGCCGUGGACCAACCCAAACAACUGUUCUGGGAGAAGAAGUUGAGCGGCUUAAAUGCAUUUGAUAUUGCAGAGGAACUGGUGAAAACUAUGGAUCUCCCUAAAGGUUUACAGGGUGUUGGGCCUGCUUGUUCAGAGAAAACCUUGCUUUCUUCCAUCGCAAGUGCGCUGCACACCAGCCAUACACCUGUCACUGGACAGCUCACCGCUGCAGUGGAGAAAAAUCCUGGAGUCUGGCUCAACACAGCGCAGCCUCUUUGCAAAGCCUUCGUAGUCACUGAUGAUGACAUCAGGAAGCAGGAGGACCUGGUGCAGAAUGUGAGGAGGCGGCUUGAGGAAGCCCUUAUGGCUGACAUGUUGGCUCAUAUAGAGGACACCGCUGCAGACGCAGCAGUCAGCAAAGUAGAAGAGAAGGUGGAGCGGGUGGAUCAGGAGGAAUUAUAGCCAAGGCUUGUUUGACUUGACGUUUGCUGGUAAACUCAUUUCGUUUUUGAAAAAAUUGGCUCCAUGAAUAUUUUUUUGAUACACUUUUAACUGAAAUAGACCCUAAAUGCAGACAUUCUGCAGAUUUUGUUAACCUAAACAAAGAAUUUUAUUUUAUUAUUAUUUUUUUUAACAUGUGACCAUAUCAUCCUGAAAGGGUGCUUUGAGUUUCAAUUUUUAGUCCAUUUACCUCUACUAAUGUAUGACAAUUAUGUACAGUGCUCUAUACAAUGCAGUGUUACACUCAGUUAACAGCUAUUCAAGCUCAAAGUUAAAAACACAAACCUGAUGUAUGCGGAUGAAAAGUGUGUAUGUGUGUGAUAUAAUGUUAUCAGUUCAAGUUGAGAACCUUUAAGUGUGUUUCGUUUUAACUGUUCAACAAGAAAAUGUUGCUCUUAUAUUUGAACUCUGGCAGUGUAGGUCGUGUCGUGUAGGUUGCAGUAUGUUUACAUGCAGACAGCACUCUUGUGGCUGUGAAUUAUCACAUUUAGCUUGUUUGAACUGUAAAACCUUUAAUCGAAACGGUGUUACUUCUCACAAUAACUGGAGUUUACAUGGUUUUUAAGUUUAAGCCAUGUUAUUUGUAUUGACAGAAGAAUUGUCUGUAGUAGACAGUAAAAGAAAAGGUGUGUACCCUCAGAAAAUACAAAAACAAAUACAACACUGAUGUACCUCAUAACCUGAUGUACUGUACCUCAUUACAAGAUUAAUUAUUUGUCUCUAUCACUGAGUCACUGUCAAAUAAAUGCAGCUCUUUUGUUA